AAAACUUAAAAGUUCACUGAUACUUGUUUGUUUGUAUUGUAUAUACAUGUACACCAAAAUACAUACACAGAUGUUUCGUCUAGUUUCUCCUCUUACAUCCAUAUGAAACAGUUCCCACAUCAGAACCAUAAUCAUCACGCAUCUCAUAGUUUCACACAUUAAUUCACUUCACCACCGGACAUCAAACAACAAUCAACACAUACACAUUUUCCUAGACCUCUUACAUCCUCGUCUCUCUAAAAUAAAUUGUUGUAGCAUGUCCAUGAAUCACCUCUCUUCAGAAAAGCUGUGGUGGAUGGAAUCACCAACCAAAGGAGCAGUUCCCCAAAAUACCCUUUUCGAUUUCAACCAAAAUCACCAAGAGAACCACCAAUCAAACCAAGAUGGUGAGGAUAGAGAGGGAAUUGUAGCAGAGAGAGAGGCGAUGUUCGAGAAGCCGCUGACUCCCAGUGACGUAGGCAAGCUGAACCGCCUGGUGAUACCCAAACAACACGCCGAGAGGUACUUCCCAAUCGGCGGCGCUAGCAGCGGCGGCGCUGGCGAGUCCGUCGAGAAAGGAUUGAUUCUGAGCUUCGAGGACGAGUUAAACAAGAUUUGGAGAUUCAGAUACUCUUACUGGAACAGCAGCCAGAGCUACGUGCUCACAAAAGGGUGGAGCCGUUUUGUAAAGGAGAAGCAGCUUCAAGCCGGGGAUACAGUCGUGUUUGAGCGGUUCAGAGACGACGGAGACCGGUUUUUUAUAGGGUGGAGGCGACGGAGCACGGCGGUGGCUCCGCCAGCUGGUGGGUGGACCCCGGGGCUUUACUCUGGACAUCCUUAUCCUUCUCAGAACUCCCGUCCAAAUGGACCUCCUCUUCCAUACCAACCUCACUGUCCUCAUGCAGAAAGAGCAGAAGCAUCAGCUGGUGUGCAAAAUCAAACAUCCAGCGGGAGCAGCAGGACCCUGAGGUUGUUUGGUGUGGACCUGGAAUGCCAGUUAGAAGAGCCAUCGCCAGAUGGUCCGAGCCAGCUGGGUGAGCCACAAAACUACUCCCAGAGCUCGUCUAGUGCAACAACCAGUCAUGACCAUGUUUCAAAUUAUCAGAAUCACGUGCAGGAUAUCAAUUUCUCAAGAGAUGUAAGCCAGACGAGACAUCACCAAGGAUAAGAUGCCUGGAUGUGACCUGUUGACUAUUCAAGCCACUUAACCUAAAUCUGAAAAAUAUGUGAUAUUUAAUCUCAAUGAAGAAACCAGGUGAAUGUUAAAAUCACCUCUCCCCGGUCAGAGGUAUAGCAUGAUGACAAAAUUGCUUCUUUUCAAAAUGCUCCAUAGGUAAAUAUUAGAAGGACUUAAAGAAAUGAAAUUGGGAAAAAAGAGGUACGUACAUGACAUCCAGGCAACCAGAAAUCAUACUCUGGUCUUUGCAGCUGCUAGGAUUCAAGAUAUGCAUAUCCAGAAGGCUACUGUUGAGAUUCUACUAGAAGAUCUUAAUUGACUUUGCUAAAAUUACGUAACAAAAUUAUUAGGUUGCAGGAGAUUGUGGUUCAGUGGGUGGGUGGGUGGGUGCAGGAUAUGGGAUUAGCUAGGCUACAUGUAGUUGAUUUCAAAUCUUGUAGUACAAAGUAGCAACUUCUUGUUCAUAGCUAUACCAUGUAAUGAGUUGUUAUUUUGCUGCAUUGUUUUUGUUUAUUGCUCCUGAAUAUUAAUUUUGGUUCUAGAAAUUAAAGUUUCAAAGAGUAAAUUUUUGAA